AUGUCCGUGGCAACUCAGAGAAUGCCCAAAGGGCACCACAUUCCGGGAAGUACCAUCAAGACAUACUAUCAGAAUAAGAUCGAAGCUGCAGAAUUGGAGAUUACCAAGAAAACUCAGAACCUGCGUCGUCUAGAGGCUCAGAGAAAUGCGCUGAAUACAAGGGUACGGUUGUUGAGAGAAGAAUUGCAACUUUUGCAAGAACCCGGAAGUUACGUUGGGGAGGUCGUCAAGGUUAUGAGUAAGAAAAAGGUUUUGGUCAAGGUUUCUCCAGAAGGGAAAUUUGUGGUUGACCUCUCCCCCGACAUCCCCGCUUCUUCUCUAACUCCCAACCUACGUGUGUCCCUCCGAGCAGAUUCAUACACUCUCCAAUCUAUUCUUCCUAGCAAGGUCGAUCCUCUAGUCAGUCUGAUGAUGGUGGAGAAAGUCCCCGACAGCACCUACGAAAUGGUCGGUGGAUUAGACAAACAGAUCAAAGAAAUCAAAGAGGUCAUCGAACUUCCUGUCAAACAUCCGGAAUUAUUCGAAGCUCUCGGUAUCGCUCAACCCAAGGGUGUAUUGUUAUACGGUCCACCAGGUACUGGAAAAACCCUCCUCGCUCGAGCUGUGGCACAUCACACAGAUUGUCGAUUCAUUCGUGUGUCAGGUAGUGAACUUGUACAGAAGUAUAUAGGAGAAGGAAGUAGGAUGGUGAGAGAAUUGUUCGUCAUGGCUAGGGAACAUGCGCCAAGUAUCAUCUUCAUGGAUGAGAUAGAUAGUAUUGGAAGCUCGCGAGGUGAUGGAAAGGGGGAUUCAGAGGUUCAAAGAACGAUGAUGGAAUUGUUAAAUCAGCUUGAUGGGUUCGAGCCUACUAAGAAUAUCAAAGUUAUCAUGGCGACAAACCGAAUUGACAUCUUGGAUGCUGCUCUUUUGAGGCCAGGAAGAAUCGACAGGAAAAUCGAAUUUCCCCCUCCUAAUCCUGAAGCGAGGAUUACCAUUCUCAAAAUUCAUUCUCGUAAGAUGUCUCUGCAAAGAGGUAUCAACUUCCGCUCCCUGGCCGAGAAGAUGGGUAAUUGUUCCGGUGCUGAAGUCCGAGGUAUCUGUACCGAAGCCGGUAUGUAUGCGUUGAGGGAGAGAAGACAAUAUGUCGGACAGGAAGAUUUCGAAAUGGCAGUGGCGAAGGUUUUGAAGAAGAAUGCGGAGGGAAAUAUGAGUGUGAACAAGUUGUUCUCGUAA